AUGGCAACGGCCGCCGCGGAUGCCCGGAUCCCCAAUGGCGAUACGGCCGUGGACCAGCAGCCUGGCAAGCCUCGGCUAACGACCUCGACUGACGAGAUCAAUAAUACCAUCAUCCGGCCCGGCAGCGUCAAGAUCAACGUCAAGGGCGCCUUCAUCGUCGACCCAGAUACAGCCACGCCCGCCCUCAGCAAUGGCGGCCGCCACAGCCCGACACAUCACGAGACGAGCGACAUCCGCUUACCGAACCACACAGCCGUAGUCAGCCACAUUGCCAUUGAUAUUGGUGGCUCGCUGAUCAAGCUAGUGUACUUCUCGCGCGAGGUUGAUUCCACCGAUGCCGGCGGUCGCCUCAACUUCCAGAACUUCGAGACCGACAGGAUCGACGACUGCGUCGAGUUUAUGAAGCACUUGCGCGACACCGAGCUCAUGGGCAACGGGUCGCAUCCGGGGGAGCUGUGCGUCAUGGCUACGGGAGGUGGGGCGUACAAGUUCUACGACAAGAUUCGCGAAGCGCUUGGUGUAGAUGUGCUGCGCGAGGAGGAGAUGGAGUGCUUGAUGAUUGGCCUCGAUUUCUUCAUCACCGAGAUACCCCGCGAGGUAUUCACCUACUCCGACACCGACCCAAUGCACUUCGUCCCGCCCCGAGAGGACAUAUAUCCUUACCUUCUCGUCAACAUCGGCUCCGGCGUCUCCAUGCUCAAGGUCACAGGCCCGCGGUCCUUCCAGCGUGUUGGCGGCACCUCGCUCGGUGGCGGUACCCUCUGGGGCCUGCUCUCCCUGCUGACCGGCGCACGAUCCUUCGACGACAUGCUUGCCCAGGCAGAGCACGGAGACAACACAAACGUCGAUAUGCUCGUCGGCGAUAUCUACGGCGGCGACUACGGUAAGAUCGGCCUCAAGAGCACCACCAUCGCAUCGUCCUUCGGCAAGGUCUUCCGCAUGAAGCGCGAGGCAGAGGCCGAGGCCGAAGACCUCGGUCCCGCCCGCCGCGACCCCGCCAAGGUUGGGCCCGACGGCCUGCAGCACUACUCCUCCUCGGACUCGCAGUACAUCCCCUCCAACGCCCCCUUCACCGGCCCGGACAUCUCCCGCUCCCUCCUGUACGCCAUCUCCAACAACAUCGGCCAGAUCGCCUACCUCCAGUCCCAGAUCCACAACCUCUCCAACAUCUACUUUGGCGGCUCCUUCAUCCGCGGCCACCGGCAGACCAUGAACACCCUCAGCUACGCCAUAAAGUUCUGGAGCAAGGGCGAGAAGCAGGCGUACUUCCUCCGCCACGAGGGGUACCUCGGGAGCGUCGGCGCCUUCCUCAAGAGGCAGCCCAGGAACUGGGGUCGCAGGGGAAGCCUGGAGAACAUGCAGGAGAUGAGGAGAGCGGCCCUGAGGGCACAGGCAUCAUCAUCGUGA